AUGGUGAUUACUAAACAUUUAAAUCAAGUCAGUAAAAACAAACAAUCCAUUUCAAAUGCAAUGCCAGUUCAACGUCUGCAGGAGGUCAAUUAUUAUUCGACAAUCUCUGGAACAAAUCAGCAAACAAUAAUAUGUUUGUUUCCGUCCAGAUCUGAUACUACCAAGUUCACAUACUCAUACAUCAUCAAUCAUCAAUCAUCAAUCAUGUCAACUAUAUCAACUAUAUUAACAUCAUCAGUGAUUUAUCGAACUCGUCAUGUUUAUUCAUCAUUAUUGAUAGUGUUGUGGUUGGUGGUGGUAAAUAUUGAUGCCAACACUUUCAUUUGGGACCCAAACAAUACAGAUAAUAUCGAUCUUGUACGACCAUUCAACCGUCAUACAACGUUUGCCAAUCCACCGAAAUGUGUUCAUAUACCAGCCAAUCUUACAUUGUGUCAUGGUAUCAAAUACAAUGAAAUGCGUAUACCUAAUCUACUUUAUCAUGAAACAAUCAAUGAAGUUAUCGAACAAUCCAGUUCAUGGAUUCAAUUGAUUAAAAUUGGCUGCCAUCCUGAUACCCAAUUAUUCCUAUGUUCUCUCUUCAGUCCUGUAUGUUUAGAUCAAACCAUACCACCAUGUCGAUCUUUAUGUGAAAAUGUUAAGCAAAGUUGUGAACCAUCCAUGCUCAUACAUGGAUAUAGUUGGCCACCAAUGAUGCAAUGUAAUUUAUUUCCUAUCGAGAAUAAUAUGUGCAUCGAAUCACAACAGGUGACUAGUGGACCAUCAUCAUCGAUUCGAGGCAAUAAGCAGCAAACUAAUAAAAAUGACCAAUCUAACAACCGAACCGAAAAUGAACAAUUUCAACGGCAAUUAAUGAAUUCUAUAUGCAAUUCAGAUUGGGUAAUCAAAAUUGGCCUGAAUCAAAUCCGUAACAAUCGAGUACGAGUGAAAAAAUUCAAACCCUUAUUUGGAACAUUGAAUGUAUCACCGCCAUUCAUUUUGACAUUAAACAAAUCUAUGAUGAUUGGUUCGACCGAAUCUACUGGCACUACCGGUAUGCCGAGUAUAAAACCGAAUCGAGAAAAAUUUAUCGUCAUUGGUCGUGGUAAUAAUCAUGCACAUGAUCUAUCGAUAAGUUUAGCGGUUAGUUGGCUAAAAAAUACGCCUCAAAUCAAGAAAGCUAUUCGUAAAGUGAAAAGUAGUAAUGGCUGCAAGAAAUUCAUGAUUUCCACUGCACAACAAUCAUCAACGAAUGUUUCUUUGAAAACGACAAAUGGACAAACAAAGCGUAAUCGAAAUAGGAAUCGUAAAAAGAACUCAAAUAUGGCACGAAGUCAUUAACGAAUCGAUCGAUGAAUAAAUGGUCAUUUUAGAUAUUUUUAUUUUCUGUACUUGAUUCAAUUGAUUGGAUAUACAAAAAAAAAUCAUUAUAUAAAAGCAAUCAUUAA